AUGUCGAUCAAAGAUUGGACACCAUCGAGCUGGAGGGAGAAGCCUAUCGCACAGGAUGUGAUUUACGAAGACAAAGCGCAUCUCGAAAAAGUAUUAACGAAAUUACGAAGGUUGCCUCCUCUAGUAUCUCCUGUAGAGAUCGACCGCUUGAGAAGUCAACUGGCAGAUGUAGCAGCUGGUAAAGCGUUCCUACUCCAGGGUGGAGAUUGCGCAGAGUUGUUUGAUGACUGUUCAUCUGACCCAAUCGAGCAUAAAUUAUCCUUAAUACUCCUCAUGUCAUUGAUCAUCCUCCAUGGAUCACGUCUACCAGUGGUUCGAAUCGCCAGAAUCGCAGGUCAAUAUGCUAAACCCCGAUCAAAACCUACCGAAAUGGUCGAUUUCGAAGUCCCAGAUAAAGGUGGAUCUGGCAGUACCAAGAUUGAGAAGAGGGAAGUGUUGAGUUUCAGAGGUGAUAAUGUGAACGGAUACGAUAAGAGCGAUAGGAACCCUGAUCCCGAGAGGUUACUGGGCGCCUAUUUCCACUCCACGGCUACACUGAACUACAUACGUACCCUAUUAUUAUCGGGAUUCGCAGACCUGCAUAAACCGCUCGAUUGGUCUUUCUCGCAUGUGAGAUCACCCGAGAUACACAAAGCUUUCUCAGCUGUCAUAGAGAGCCUGCAAGAUAGUCUGGACUUCAUGAAAGUUGCGACUGGUGCGGUCGGCGGUGGAGAGAGAGGUGGUAUGGAGACGGUUGAUCUUCACGAAGCCCUUUUGCUAGAAUACGAAGAAGCCUUGACCCGUUCAGAUCAGGGGUCGACCUCCCGAUCAUUCUCUCCUCCAGCAUCCAAAUCUUCUACUCCUGCCGUAUCCAGAUCGGUAUCGCAAGUGCGCGUCGGUACCAAUUCUGAAUCAGCUUAUCCCCAUUCUCCCGUCAGACCUCCCAAAUCACCUUCCUUGGCAAAUUCGCUCGCGAAUUCUUUCUCAGAUAUACGGUUGGAGAACGCUCCCAAGAAGACUGAAAAAUGGUAUAAUACCUCUGCGCAUUUCAUCUGGAUCGGAGAUAGGACGAGACAGUUGGAUGGAGCUCAUGUAGAGUACUUCAGAGGAAUCGCCAAUCCUAUUGGUAUUAAGACUGGACCUUCCAUGAAACCCGAAGAGAUCGUUAGAAUACUUGAUAUUGUCAAUCCCGAUAGAAUACCUGGGAAAGUCACUCUGAUAGGACGAUACGGUGCAGACAAAGUCGAUCAAUUCUUACCUGCUCAUAUCGAUGCGGUGAAAGCUACAGAUCAUGUCGUAGUAUGGCAAUGUGAUGCUAUGCAUGGCAAUACCAAAUCAUCCCAGGCCGAUCCAUCAUUGAAAACACGACAUUUCGUGGAUGUCAUCACCGAGAUAACUAAAUCUAUGGCGAUACAUCGUGAGAAGGGGACUAUAUUAGGUGGUGUGCAUCUGGAACUGACCGGUGAAGUGAAUGAAGAAGGUUAUUCGGUGACUGAAUGUAUUGGAGGAUCAAUGGAAUUGGAAGAUAAAGAUCUAUCAUUCAAUUACAGGACACAUUGUGAUCCCAGAUUGAACUUUGAACAAGGUUUAGAUGUCGCUUUCUUGCUUGCUGAUCAUUUGAGAUCAAAGAGAAAGGGUGAACAACCUAAAGAUAUCUUACUUUCUUCGUUGAGGGGUAGAUCGGGACAACCCCAAAAGUAA